CUUCAGACCACACAGCUGCCAACACCCAAGGAAAUAUUCUGCAAAGUUAAAAAAGCAAAUAAAGGAGUUAUUUUUCCAAACUUAGGAAACUACCUGGAAUGAAACAUCGAAGUGUAGAGGCACAUAUCACAAAAGAAUCUGGAAACCUGACUGUGUAUACUAUGGUUUAAACUCUAACCUGAUAGAACUCCAUCUCGCUUUUCAGUGGUGCAAUGAACAUUGAGGAUUCUAUUAGCUUAUGUAGUACGGUGGAUGACCUUCCUGAGGAUCUGCAAAGCAAGCUUAGCUUUCGAGAUGAUUCCAGUUCCUUGGGCUCAGACUCUGAAAUUAAUGGAGCUGCUCCAUAUCGCAAGACAGACAAGUAUGGCUUCAUAGGCAGUGGUGCCAGUGAAGAAGCAUGGCAACCUCCUCUGGAAGUAAUUCGUCAUCGUGAGAUGAAAUGGCUAGAGAUGAUAAGCCUGUGGGAAAAGACCAUGGCUCGACGGUAUAGUAAAGUGAAAGUUCUUUGUCGGAAAGGCAUUCCUUCCUCUCUACGUGCUCGAAUUUGGCCCCUUCUCUGUGGCGGUUUAGCUGAAAUGCAGAAGAACAAAAACAAAUAUGAGGAACUUGAUCAGGCACCAGGAGAUAAGCAGUGGGUUGACACCAUUGAAAAGGACAUCCAUAGACAAUUUCCAUUCCAUGAGAUGUUCCUUUCUCCUGAAGGGCAUGGGCAGAAGGGCCUUUUAAGAGUCCUUAAAGCUUAUACUGUGUACAAACCUGAGGAAGGCUACUGCCAGGCCCAAGGACCAGUAGCUGCUGUUCUUCUAAUGCAGAUGCCUGCUGAGCAAGCAUUCUGGUGUCUGGCACAAAUCAGUGAGAAGUAUCUGCCAAAAUACUACAGUCCUGGAUUGGAAGGAGUUCAGCUGGAUGGUCAAGUCUUUGUGGCAUUGUUAAAGAAAACAUGUCCAGUAGCAUACAGGCACCUGAAGAAGCAGAAUGUAGAUCCAAUGCUGUACCUCACAGAAUGGUUUCUGUGCAUAUACUCCAGAACACUGCCCUUUCCUACACUCCUCCGCAUAUGGGAUAUUUUCUUUAGUGAAGGUGUAAAAGUGUUGUUCCGGGUAGCCCUAUUGCUUGUUAAAAUUGCACUGGGUUCCCCAGAAAAGGUGAAAGAGUGCAAUGAGCUGGUAGACACUCUAGAGAAACUGCGCACCAUUCCACCACAACUUCUUCAAGAAGAAUUUGUAGUCCAUGAGGUGUGCAACAUGACAAUUUCAGAGAGAGAUAUCAAACGGGAAUGUUUAAUCCAGCAGCACAAGUUAAGGAAAAGGAACAUUGAAAUGAAAUAUGAUCCCCGAUGUCGGCUGCAUGGUUCAAAGGCAGUAUGGGAUACCCAGCAGGAGGCUGCACUAGUUAGAGCUCCAAGUGAAGUAAACAGAACUAACAUACAGAUCCCUUCCAUUGUCAUUGUGGACACAUCUGAGAUUUCUGAGAAGAAGACCAGGGAGGAGCGCCGUCGAGAAAAAGAAGAGGCCAAGGAACAUCAACGUCUUGAAAAACAGAAACAAAAGGAAGAAAAAGAGAGACUAAGGGCUCUUGAGAGGCAGCAAAAACUUGAAAAAUUAAAAGAAGACGGGAAGAAGCCACCUAAAGCCACAAUGAGUAAAACCUUCCAAAUGAACCGUAAGUCAGUAAUUCCCAUUCGAGAAACUGAAGACAAUUCAGAGCAAAUUGAGAAAACAAAGGCUUCAAGGCGUGGUUCAGCUCCCUUUCUUGAGACAUAUUUUUAAGCAGCUUUUGACAUGGAGCUACUUAAUGCUGGCCUGAGUUCCAAAAAACAAUAGACUUGCAAAUAUGAAUGUGUCACUUCAUGGAUAAUCAAAAUGUUCAAGCAUAAGAAUUACUUUUUGAUUUCAUUUCCUAACUCAGCACUCUAAUGACACAUACUAUGGGGACUAUGGAUUUUUCUUCAAAUUAUGUUUCUCUUUUGAGUUUGAAUAAUGGAGCAUACUGAGAGCAAGAUCUAUAUUACAGUUCCAGAGACUCCAUUUUCCAGAUAUUCCUAUGGUCAGAAUAUCACAGCAUUUGUUUACAUCAGAUAGCAAUUAGGACCUGUAACUUAAUACGUUUUGGUCUACCACUGAAUUUUAAAUCUCAACAGUUUAAAGCAUUUCAUUCCAAUGCUAUUAGCAAUUAUCAGCUGUUAUUAAAAAUAAUUGACAGUUUUUCUAUCCCUACAUUCUCUUUUCUGCUAAUCUUGUUAUAAUGAACAUAAAAUUGUUUCAGCUGAAAGUAAAUAGUUGUUUUAUGUUAACAUUUUUUUACAGGUUUCCAUUCAUGUUCUUGUGUAUCUGCAACUGAAAUGUAUAGCUAUUUUCCAUGAUAAACUUAGAACAGAAAUUUGCAUGAGGAAAUUAUAUUUUCAAAAUAAUCUAAUUGCAGACUGUACUUAAUAUAUAUUGUGUGAUCCUGUUGCUGUGAGACAGCACUGUAAACUGAAAAUUGUUUUGACAAAUGUUUUUCACUAGAGAAAAAAAAUAAAUGAGUUUCUGAAUACAGAA